UCAACUUUAUUGUAAGUUUUGCCCCUUUCGACGUAUCAACAUAACUAGAGCUCUCUUGUUGACAUGUUUGUUUUCAUAGCGCACUGAGAUCUCACGCCAGAUUAGUGAAGCCGGCCAAGCACUCGCACAACCUCAGGGUAGGGAUUCUGAGAAUGCCCUUAGAGAGUUUGUUAAGUGUAGCGCUACUCGGUUACGUUCCUUAGCUCAUCUUCUUGGUUGCCGUACUGUCAAGGCCGACAUGCCCACCCAGUCGAGGUCCACUUCUUCUGAAGAGGAGGCGGCCGCCGAGAUGAACUUGAGGGGGUUUAUGGAUGAUGCACCUCAGCCUAGUCAGCCUAUUGAGCGGCGUCACUUCAACUUAAAGCCUAGGAAGACCUUCAACCGUUAUACACCGGAGGCAUGGAACAAGAAACAAAAGAGGACCGUUGUCGAGUCCGAGAACGAGUUUGAGGACGAGGAGGAACCGGCACCGAAGAAGGUUCUAAGGAGGUUGAAGAGGGUCGGAGUGGAGCCGGGGACGAAGAAGGUUGUGAGGCAGGCGAGGGGGAAGAAGUAGAUGUAUUUGUGAACUAUUGAAGUUGUCACUUUAGUUAGA